AUGGGUUUAUUUGCUUCUAAAUUAUUUAGCAGCUUGUUUGGCAACAGAGAAAUGCGUAUUCUUAUGGUGGGUCUUGAUGGUGCCGGUAAGACCACUGUAUUGUAUAAAUUAAAGUUAGGUGAAGUUAUUACCACAAUCCCAACCAUUGGUUUCAAUGUCGAAACUGUUCAAUAUAAGAACAUUUCCUUCACUGUCUGGGAUGUUGGUGGACAAGACAGAAUCAGAUCUUUAUGGAGACACUACUACAGAAAUACUGAGGGUGUUAUCUUUGUUGUUGACUCAAACGAUAGAUCACGUAUCGGUGAAGCAAGAGAGGUUAUGCAAAGAAUGUUAACUGAAGAUGAAUUAAGAAACGCUGUAUGGUUAGUUUUCGCUAACAAACAAGAUUUACCAGAAGCUAUGUCUGCUGCUGAAAUAACUGAAAAGUUAGGCUUACAUUCUAUUAAAAACCGUCCAUGGUUUAUUCAAGCCACUUGUGCCACAUCUGGUGAAGGUUUAUAUGAAGGUUUAGAAUGGUUAAGUAACAAUUUAAAGAACCAAUCAUAA